AUGUUUGGCAGCGUGAUCAGAGCGCUACGGCCAGCGUUUGUGAGGCGGAUUCACACAAACGAUACCGUUUCGAUCAAGAACCUGCGGUACAAGGGGUUGAUAAACGACACGGAGACUUUGCUGCGGGUGUCGACGGACCUGAUCACCGAUUUCGGCCAGGCCAGCACUGACGAUGAUCUCAAAUACUCAAUCAACUAUGCGGUUCUGAGCCGCGACAUUCGUGGAUUUGAGCGCAGGAACAUAAAUCGGAGUUUCCGUUCGGUAUUGCAGCUCGGAGACGGGCUUUUCAAGGACGUCUUGUUCGAAAGCACAAAUUGCAAGCAUGCUACUCUUACUUUUGAUAUGGAGAAACAAAACUGCCAGGUUCGGGUCGAGAUGCAGCGCGAUCUUGAAUCAGAGGCCACAAGUGCAAUUAAGGUGACAAAUAUCGCCGUUGACACACUUAUCGGGGUGUUCAAGGAGGAACGGCUGGCCAAACAGCCGGUGGUGCUGGAGCUGGUUUUGACGGUGACUGGCGACGUUUCCAUUGAUAACGUCAUUUCUGCCGUGAAACAGUACGUUUCGGACUCGCAGUUCAAGACCGUGGAGGCGCUGGUGCUGAACGUGUCAAAGCUCGUGUUCCAGGUGGCCGAUGCCGUGGAUGUUUGCGAGGUUUCUGUGCUCAAGCCAGAAGCGAUCGAGGAGACAGACGGUGUCGGUGUUUCUGUUAAGAGAUCACGACAGGAGCUUGCAGAUAUGGCCAUUGUGGAUUUUGAGGGUAUUUCGUCAGAGUUUGUCCCGAACUUGGGCCAGGACACAGCCAUUGUUGAGGGAAAGCACACGGUCUACUUGGCAGUUGGCUCAAACCAGGGCGCCCAAGUAUCCAACAUCGAACGGGCUUUGAAGGAGCUCGAGGCCCGCGAAAUUAACGUCGUGGCCACAUCUACACUGUUCCGGUCGAAGCCAAUGUACUUCCUGGACCAGCCGGACUUUGUCAAUGGAUGUAUCAAAGUUGAGACUUUUUUGCAACCACAGGAAUUACUAGACAAAAUCAAGGAAAUUGAGUACGAGGCUCUCAAAAGAGUUAAGCAUUUUGAUAAUGGACCGCGGUCCAUCGACCUGGACAUCCUUCUUUACGACGGGACAAUCUUCAACGCUCCAAACUUGAACAUACCUCAUAUUAGCAUGCUGGAAAGACCGUUUGUGCUGGCACCGCUCUGCGAGCUCGUGCCUCCAGAUAUGCUGCACCCAGUGACGGCAGAGCCGAUCCACAAUCAUUGGCGUCAACUCAAGGCCACCACCCCUGCAAACGAGCUGCAACCGUUUGUUAACCUGCCUGGUGCAAAGAUGCUUCCAUUUGGUAGCAAGACGUUUCUGAUGGGGAUUUUGAACGUGACUCCGGAUUCCUUCAGCGAUGGGUCUGUUGCCAAUCUCGCCGUUGACCACGCCCUUUCCAAGGUGGAGGAUAUGGUGAGCUCGGGAGUCGACGUGAUUGAUCUUGGCGGCUGUUCAACCCGUCCGGGAGCGGUCCAAGUUUCGGAGAAAGAAGAGCUCAGCAGGGUGCUGCCUGUGCUAGAUCAGAUCAGAAAACAGUUUCCUGACGUUGUUCUCAGCAUCGACACGUACCGUUCGGGUGUUGCCCUGGAGAGCGCGCGGCGCGGAGCGCAUAUUAUCAACGACGUGAGUGGAGGACUUUUCGACGAACGGAUCUUUGAUGUUGCCGCAGAAACAGGAAUGGCAUACAUUUUGGGCCACACUCGCGGCGAUGUCUCGACAAUGGCCCGACUGACAGACUAUCAGGAUUUUGAAGACGGUAUCAAACAGUACAGCCAGCUGACUCCGUUUAUGAGUCGUGUUUGCAAAGAGCUGGCCACUGCGCUGGACAAGCUGGAAAAAGCUGGAGUUCGCCGCUGGCAAGUACUUCUUGAUCCAGGACUAGGGUUUGCGAAAAAUAGCUCCCAAAACAUCGAACUGAUAAGAGAUCUGGACAAGCUGAAAAACUACAAACAGCUAUCGCAGAGCUACACCUCGUUUGACAAUAUCCCGGUGCUCAUGGGACCGUCCCGCAAGAGAUUCAUCGGCGAAGCAACAGGGAAGGCAGCCGGUGACCGGCUGUUUGGUACCGCCGCUGCGGUGACCGCCUGCAUAGCAAGCGGCAGCGAUAUGGUGCGGGUGCACGAUUACAAAGAAAUGAAAGAUAUAACGGCGAUGGCCGAUCUCACAGAACUUGGAGAUGUGGCCAGCUUCUCCGCACUUGUAGCAAGUCUUUGCGUUAAAGUUGGAUCCACCGCUGGCAGAAGAACAGUCCUUGGAAAUGUGACCGGUCUUUCCGCAAGCGUAACACUUGACAACGCCAGACUGACAGUCUCUGGCAAAAUGGUUGAGUCCUCCGCACUUGUGGCACGUGACCUUUGGGCCGCCCCUGACAGAAUUACAGGUUUUAGCCAAGUGACCGAUCUUGCCACAGUUGUAGCACUUGGAGACCGGUCUGAUAGGUUCUGA